UAAGCGACAUGUGUCAGUGUUUUCCUGUUGAAUGAGUCUUGCUCAUGUUGUUAGUGGCGGCUGCUGUCAGCUGCUUCCACUGGAAACAGCAGAAAUCUGCCGCUCGCUUCUUCAACUCACUCACAACUAACGGCUGCGUCUUUAACCCAUAUGUGGAGAUGUGGAGUUGAAGCGGUGGAAUCAGAGUAGAAGCAGAGUCAGUUGAUGUCAGUAGUUGAACACUGAGUCGUUAUUACUGUGUAGCUCCACUUACUGAUGACUGAAGGCAGCUUUUCCCGCCUCAAUCAGCCUGUGGAGGAGGCGGAGAGGAGCCGCUGCUCUCCCGCUGUCUGAGCCACUAAAGUCGGUGUGAGCUCGGCCGGACAGCCGCUGGAGAACAGCUCUGACUUUCUGUGUGAUUAGAUGGACUCUACAGGACUGAUGUGGACUCAGUGUGGCAGUCAGAGGGGCUGAGGACCUUCACACUGUUGUUGUUCUUCCACAAAUCAUUCUGACACUAACCUGUCUCAGUCUCUGUACUUUACUCGAGGAUUUUCAUUUCCUGCUUCUACUAAUGUGAUAAUAAUGAGUCAUUCUGCAGGAGACACUUUGGCGCCAUCUAGUGGACUGACAGCAUAUUCAAUCUUGGAUGUGAAUGGAGCAGCAUGAAUCAGAGUGAGGACAGAGAGGAGGGAGUCCCUCCCUCUAAAACCACUCUGUGUGGGGAACAUGAGAGCCAGACCAAAGCUCAGAGCCCAGAGCAGCAGCACUCACCACACUCUGCUGGACCUGGACCUGGACCUGGACCGAGCCCUGUGUUCAUGAAGAGCGACUGGUCAAUGGAUCAUGAUGGUUAUUUCAAACAAAGUUUUGGAAGUUUCAGGAUCCAGCAGCAGAGACCAGACUCUCCUGAACCCAGCUGUCUGUCUUUAAAGAGCAACCGGUCAAAGGGCUGGGACAUUAACUUUAAAGGGCGACGUCCAUCAGCUGAUCAGAUAGUGGACCAGGAGAGCUCAGAGGUUCCCAGUGGUCAGUCUGCCCAGCAGCAUCAAACACACCUGGACUCCAUAUUUAUGCUGCUGGAGGAGAACAUCGUCACUUUUGUGAAGAACGAGCUGAAGAAGAUGCAGAAGGUUCUGAGUCUAGAUUACCCAGAAUGCUUACGGAGGCAAGCAGAGGAUGAGGAGGUGUUGGACAGUGAGGAUGAAGAGCAGAGGAGGAGCAGCAGAGAGGAGUUUCUGAAGAUCACACUGAACUUCCUGAGGAGAAUGAAGCAGGAGGAGCUGGCUGACUGUCUGCAGAGCAAACAUGUUGCUCCAGUUUGUCGACGUAAACUUAAAUCUAACCUGAAGAAGAAGUUCCAGUGUUUGUUUGAGGGGAUCUCUAAAGCAGGAAACCCAACCCUUCUGAAUCAGAUCUACACAGAGCUCUACAUCACAGAGGGAGGGACUGGAGAGGUCAAUGAUGAACAUGAGGUCAGACAGAUUGAAACAGCAUCCAGGAAACCAGACAGACCAGAAACAACCAUCAGACAAGAAGACAUCUUUAAAGCCUCACCUGGAAGAGAUGAACCAAUCAGAACAGUGAUGACAAAGGGAGUGGCUGGCAUUGGGAAAACAGUCUUAACACAGAAGUUGACUCUGGACUGGGCUGAAGACAAAGCCAACCAGGACAUACACUUCACAUUUCCAUUCACUUUCAGAGAGCUGAAUGUGCUGAAAGAGAAAAAGUUGAGCUUGGUGGAACUUGUUCAUCACUUCUUUACUGAAACCAAAGAAGCAGGAAUCUGCAGGUUUGAAGAGUUCCAGGUUGUGUUCAUCUUUGACGGUCUGGAUGAGUGUCGACUUCCUCUGGACUUCCACAACACUGAGAUCCUGACUGAUGUUACAGAGUCCACCUCAGUGGACGUGCUGCUGACAAACCUCAUCAGGGGGAAACUGCUUCCCUCUGCUUGCCUCUGGAUAACCACACGACCUGCAGCAGCCAAUCAGAUCCCUCCUGAGUGUGUUGACAUGGUGACAGAGGUCAGAGGGUUCACUGACCCACAGAAGGAGGAGUACUUCAGGAAGAGGUUCAGAGAUGAGGAUCAGGCCAGCAGGAUCAUCUCCCACAUCAAGACCUCACGAAGCCUCCACAUCAUGUGCCACAUCCCAGUCUUCUGCUGGAUCACUGCUACAGUUCUGGAGGAUGUGUUGAAAACCAGAGAGGGAGGAGAGCUGCCCAAGACCCUGACUGAGAUGUACAUCCACUUCCUGGUGGUUCAGACCAAACUGAAGACCAUCAAGUAUGAUGGAGGAUCUGGGACAGAUCCACACUGGAUUCCAAAGAGCAGGAAGAUGAUUGAGUCUCUGGGAAAACUGGCUUUUGAGCAGCUGCAGAAAGGAAACCUGAUCUUCUAUGAAUCAGACCUGACAGAGUGUGGCAUCGAUAUCAGAGCAGCCUCAGUGUACUCAGGAGUGUUCACACAGAUCUUUAAAGAGGAGAGAGGACUGUACCAGGACAAGGUGUUCUGCUUCGUCCAUCUGAGUGUUCAGGAGUUUCUGGCUGCUCUUCAUGUCCAUCUGACCUUCAUCAAGUCUGGAGUCAAUCUGCUGUCAGAAGAACAACCAACCUCCCUGAGGUCUGAACUGAUUAGAGAUAAACCUGAACCAACACUUUUCUACCAGAGUGCUGUGGACAAGGCCUUACAGAGUCCAAAUGGACACCUGGACUUGUUCCUCCGCUUCCUCCUGGGUCUUUCACUACAGACCAGUCAGACUCUCCUACGAGGUCUGCUGACAAGGACAGGAAGUGGUUCAGAGACCAAUCAGGAAACAGUCCAGUACAUCAAGAAGAAGAUUGAAGAGACUCCCUCUGCAGAGAAAAGCAUCAACCUGUUCCACUGUCUGAAUGAACUGAAUGAUCGUUCUCUAGUGGAGGAGAUCCAACAGUCCCUGAGAUCAGGACGUCUCUCCACAGAUAAACUGUCUCCUGCUCAAUGGUCAGCUCUGGUCUUCAUCUUACUGUCAUCAGAAAAAGAUCUGGAUGUGUUUGACCUGAAGAAAUACUCUGCUUCAGAGGAGGCUCUUCUGAGGCUGCUGCCAGUGGUCAAAGCCUCUAACAAAGCUCUACUGAGUGACUGUAACCUCUCAGAGAGAAGCUGUGAAGCUCUGUCCUCAGUUCUCAGCUCCCAGUGCUCUAGUCUGAGAGAUCUGGACCUGAGUAACAACAACCUGCAGGAUUCAGGAGUGAAGAUGUUGUCUGCUGGACUGGAGAGUCCACACUGUUCACUGGAGUCUCUCAGGUUGAAUCAAACCAGUCUGACAGAGAAAAGCUGUCAGGAGAUAUCAUCAGCUCUCAGCUCCCAGUCCUCUAGUCUGAGAGAUCUGGACCUGAGUAACAACAACCUGCAGGAUUCAGGAGUGAAGAUGUUGUCUGUUGGACUGGAGAGUCCACACUGUUCACUGGAGACUCUCAGACUGAGUGGCUGUAACCUCUCAGAGAGAAGCUGUGAAGCUCUGUCAUCAGUUCUCAGCUCCCAGUCCUCUAGUCUGAGAGACCUGGACCUGAGUAACAACAACCUGCAGGAUUCAGGAGUGAAGAUGUUGUCUGUUGGACUGGAGAGUCCACACUGUUCACUGGAGACUCUCAGCCUGUCAGGCUGUCUGAUCACAGAGGAAGGCUGUUCUUCUCUGGUCUCAGCUCUGAGAUCCAACCCCUCCCAUCUGAGAGAGCUGGACCUGAGCUACAAUCAUCCAGGAGACUCAGGAGUGAAGCUGCUGUCUGCUGGACUGAAGGAUCCAGGCUGGAGACUGGACACUCUCAGGGUGGAGCCUGGUGGAGUCCGAUGGUUGACACCAGGUCCAUGGAGGUAUUCCUGUCAACUCACAAUCGACACAAACACAGUGAACAGAUUCCUCAAACUGUCUGACAACAACAGGAAGGUGACACAUGUGGAGGAGGAUCAGUCAUAUCCUGAUCAUCCAGACAGAUUUGAUCAGUGUCCUCAGCUGCUGUGUAGAACUGGUCUGACUGGUCGCUGUUACUGGGAGGUGGAGUGGAGAGGAGAAGUUCAUAUCUCAGUGAGUUACAGAGGAAUCAGAAGGAAAGGAGACAGUGAAGACUGUUUGUUUGGAUGGAACGAUCAGUCCUGGACUCUGUACUGUUCUGAUGAUGGUUUCUCUGUCUGGCACAAUAAGAGAGGAACACCUAUCUCCUCCUCCUCCUCCUCCUCCUCCUCCUCCUCCUCCUCCUCCUCCUCUGUCUCUAACAGAGUAGCAGUGUAUGUGGACUGUCCUGCUGGCUCUCUGUCCUUCUACAGAGUCUCCUCUGACAAACUGAUCCACCUCCACACCUUCAACACCACAUUCACUCAACCUCUGUAUCCUGGGUUUUGGUUCUGGUCCUGUGGUUCCUCAGUGUCUCUGUGUUGAGUGUAGCAGAGAGAGUCUCCUCCUGUUAGAGAUCAGUCCAGUCCAGGAUCACAGCAGCUGAUGUUAUUUAGUACCAACCUGAUCUCUGGCUGGUUUUAACUGCAGAGUGUAAACCCAACAUGUUUUCCACAUGAUUGACAGUUUGACUGUAAAAUGAAUCAAAUGAACAGAGUCCAGUUGUUGUUGUUUUCUGACAGUAAAUGACUGGGAGGUUGAAAUCUCUUUCACUUGACGUCCAUCUUGUUUUUCAUCUUUAAAUGAUAGUGUGACGUCCUUAUGUGCUCCAUAUCUGGACUCUACUGUAAAUACAAAGAUACACACUGGUUUGUUUGAGGUGUAGUUACUGACACUGACCACCAGAUGGCAGCAAUCAUUUCUCUGUUAGACCUCCUCUGUAACAUAGAGCCACUCAUUCAUUCAUUCAUUCAUUCAUUCAUUCAUUCAUUCAUUAGUAGAAACACAGAGAAAAAAAGCCAAACCUGUGUGUUUCCAUGACGAUCGUCCUGCAGGAGCUUUCUCAUUGGUCCACUUCAUCUGAUGGAUUCAGCACCUGAACACAACACAGAUCAACACAGUGCAUUAUGGGAUACUGACGACCCAAAGACGUGUUGUUACUGUACAGACAGUGAUUGAUUAUAUCAAUAAUAUUGAUUCUGUUGUUGAUGUUAAUUAAUAAACACUGAGAUCUGAUCACAGCUGCA